UCCUUGCCGACCCUUUGUUGUAAGGGCUACACAACAGGCUGAGUUUAGAGCCUACAUUGAUGUUUUAUGGUGCACGAAUCGGAUAAUAUCAAAUAAGUCUUAAGUGAAGGACGUGGAAUUGGAACCUCGUUCUCCUCAGCCUUCUGAUGAGUUGAAUGUAGUGGCGGAUUUGGUGAAGGAAAGGCACACAAAGACAGCAGGACCUACCGAUAGAGAGGGACCGCCGAGAGCCAGGCUACUCAUUUACGUGCGCACACGUUCGGGACAUUGAGCAAGAGCGUGAGUGAGAAGAUCAUGUCUGUGUAGCCUUAUUCCGAUGCCGAAUUACUAGGGACUGGGAGUGAUGCUGGUAUUUAUGUUUAGCUUACACCAUCCCGGGAAAUAAUCCCCAUCUGCGCAACCAUCUUUCAUUCACUGGAGAGUAACGCUUGGAACGGGGGUGUUUUGCCUCGGCGAAGCUGCAUGCGCUCUCCUUAGGUCGCUUUUGUUUUCUUCUUUUCGCACGAGACAUCGAACGAAGGAACAAAUUUAUCGCUAUCAGGACGGCCCGUGGACACCUUCGUUUUCACCAUGUUGACAGGCUACCGGAUCGUACGGUGGAUGGGACCGUUGCAUAGCCAGCUUCACCUAACGUUCGUGUGUUUACUGACCAUCUUCUCUUUGCUUGGGGUCCACUCGUCGUACCCCCAGAGCGGCGAAUGUGUGUCGGGCAAAGGGAAAGGCUGCGUGGCAGAUCUGUCAGAGAAGAAGAGUGACCUGCGAGUGUGUGAUGCUGCCACAUGCCGUUUCGGGGGCACCUGCCGUGAUGACGGCUCCGACCUGAAGUGUGUGUGUCAGUUUAAGUGCCACAGUAACUUCGUUCCCGUGUGCGGCUCCAAUGGGGACACCUACCAGAAUGAGUGUUUCCUGAGACAAGCGGCCUGCAAGCAGCAGAGGGCCAUAUCGCUGACCUUCGAGGGGCCUUGCUACCCAGCAGACAGCAGUUCAGGAUCAGGAGAUGGAGAGUACGAGGGCUCGGGGGGCGACUCAGCCAAGAAGGCCACCAAGUGCGGCAACUGCAAGUACGGAGCGGAGUGUGAUGAAGACUCAGAGGACGUCUGGUGCAUGUGCAACAUCGACUGCAGUGGCCACAACGAGAAUCCUGUGUGUGGGACGGACGGGAACUCGUACAACAACCCGUGUCACGUGCGGGAGGCGUCCUGCAUGAAGCAGGAGCAGAUCGACGUUAAGCACCUUGGGAGGUGUCCAGAUAAAGGGAAAAAGGAUAUCCCUCCCGAUGUGUUUGCGGUCGUUAAGGAGAAGCCAGACGUGGGCAGCGGCAGAACUAACAGCUGGAGCCCAGCACCGUGCACAGAGGAGUACGCCAACUUCUGUCUUCACGGCCAGUGUGAGAUGAAAUUUGGUGUCGUCUCGUGCAGGUGUGAGUCUGGCUACACAGGUGCUCAGUGUGACGUCCAGGACUUCAACAUCCUGUACGUGGUGCCCAGCGGCCAGAAGCUCCACUACGUGCUCAUCGCGGCCAUCAUCGGCGCCGUGCAGAUCGCCAUCAUCGUGGCCGUCGUCAUGUGCAUCACCAGGAAAUGCCCCAAAAAUAACCGCGCACGUCGGCAGAAGCAAAACCUCGGACACUUUUCUUCAGAUACUUCUUCCAGGAUGAUGUAGCUGGAUUUUUUAUUUUAAUUUUUAUACUUUUUUCGUACCAAGUGGAUUACAUUUUUAACGUAUCGAUUUUAUUUUUUCCUGAUUUUUAAACUUGGGAGGACGACAACAUAUUUUUUUUUUUUUAUAUUAUUUUGAAAGAGGCCUUAUUUUUUCUUUACUGGACAUUAAACGUACUUCCUGUUAUCUGUGUGACACUUUCAACAGGAGCAAGCUAUUGUGGGUUUAAAUAUUAUUUUGGUACUUUUGAAUUCUUUUGUUUUUUUAUGUAGCUCUCGGCACACAUACCUUUACCACCACUGAAACGGACACACACACACACACACACCUUUACCACCACUGAAACGGACACACACACACACACCUUUACCACCGCUGAAACGGACUUCUCGCUGUCUUCUGGAAUGUGCUACUCAUUGGGACCACUCACUCACUCACUCACUCAGAAAUGGAUUUCUGGUCUUCAUUUUUUCCCCUCACGUCUUUUGCUUUUCUGAUUUUUCUUGUUUCCUUUGCAAAUUGAAUGCAGCUGAACACCAAAUGCAGUUGGACAUGAAUGAAAUGUGAGCCGAUGAUGUUUUAAAAAGAAAAAAAAAAGUUUACAAAAAGUUCUCUCUCUUUUGAAAAAGGAAUUCCAGCAAUGGAACACAAUGUGUUUUUUGACAUAGCUAAUCAUUUUUCGAUGUUGGAUCGUUUGUAGUUUUUUAUGUUCUAAUGUUAUUGGUGUUGCUGUUGUUGAUGUUGAAAUGAUCAUUAUUAUUGAUUAAUUUAAUUCUAGACGCUGCAUAUCGCAUGAUCUGUGGAACCGUGUCCAGUGAUGUAGACUUGAUAGAAUUAAAUUCUCCGUCCUACAAGUAGUUUUUGCUGCUUCCAUCUGAAUAUUAGUCACAUAAAAUGUCAGUUGCAUUUCUGUAUCUAAACAUGCUGCAUUGAAUGUGCCCACACCGUACUAAGGAGGACUAUGUGAAUGUCAGGAGAGGGACCUUAUCUCCCGAAGAUGAGCUAGUGGUGGGUUGUGUGAAUGUUUAAAAUUAUACACGUUUAAAAUUAUACACAUCUUUUUAUAUAAUCAUUUUUAACAGAGAGAGAGACAUUCAAAUCUGAUAUCAAUUAACCCAGUAAGGCUUUAUAUACCCUCACAAAGACUAAAAUAUUCAGUGGCAAUUCAAUUUAGUGUCCUUUAAAAUACAGACUCUGAGGCAUGAGAACAAACCCUCUACAUUUCAACACAGUGAUGGAUAGAUUUGAAUAAUGUCAGUAGUGCGGCUUUUAAUAAGCUACAGUAUGCCAUCAAUAAGUAAUGACCCCCCCCAACCCUUUAUACAAAUCACAUGACAUGGGUCCACUAUGUCCACCAGGGGGAGACAAAGACACAUUUCAGUCUCCCUUUACAGCUUGACCCCUUCACAGCGUGACCUCUUCUGAUAGUGUUGGUCUGUUUAACAUUUAUCCUCAUAAAAGUUGAUUGAAUGAUUUUUUAAAAAGAACACAGAUCAUGGACGACCCAUGCACAAUUUUGAUCUAAUUGAAUGACUGAAUGUAUGUUCCCUGCAAAUCCUCUACCAUCAAGACAAAACAGAAUUAAAAUGGUCUCCAAUGUAUCGAAAUGAUUGUGUAAAACUGUUAUUGUAGACACACACUGAAAACGGGUUGAUAAAGCCAGAAUUAAUUAUCAAGUGCUAGAUGAAUGAGAAACAACACUACACCGAUAUGCUGGCAGGGUUCCAAUGGUUUCAUAGAAUAGAUUUUAAAUAAAUAUAGAUAUAUUUCACUUCCAUAAUAUACAGCAUUGACAAGCACUGCAGAUUCAU